GUUCAUCAUUCUCGUAAUCGUCGAUUUUGAGAAGCCUUCCAAUUCGCAUUAGCGGGAAGGGAGAUCUCCGUACUUUUCUUUGUUCUCUCUGAAAUAUCUUAGUUUUGUUUCUCAUUCUUGCGCAGUUUUCUUCGAUAUUGGACUAAUUUGUCAAAUUGCAGAUUCCUUCAUCUUGAAUUUGAUCCUGCGUCGUGCAUGGCGGAUUCGUUUGCUGCUUAUUUAAGGCUGCCUUCCUCGAGAAAAGACGUUGGGUUCUGAUUUUACAUAUAGCACAGAUCCUUCAUCCUUUCUCCUGCUCAUAUCUAUUCGAUUUCGCGCGAAAGGCGGUUUUUUCGGAGGUUCGAUCCUGGUUGAACUCUGCUGCAUGCACGUGUUGGAAAAGUUUUUCGUUGACGGUGAGCUCAGAAUGUCAUCUUUCUUGUCAGAUUACAUUUCAUUUAUAUAUGAAACUCGGGCAAACUUUGAAAGACCUUCUGCCUAGAGGUUCUACAAUGCUCGAACAUGAGCAGAAUUGUGGUUCAGAUUAUGCAAAUGCUGGGAUUAACGAGGCGGGAUGCCUGUUAAGGCAAAGCCGAAGAAGCGACGACGUCCUCUGCAGCCAAUGCUUCCCCUUUCAGUGUUCAACAUACCCCUACUACUACUGAGAUGAUGCAACCUAUCACAUCGAGUACUGCAACAGGACCAAAGGCCCGAGCAUUGUGCCUUGUCUAUUGCGAUGAAACGGGGCAAUUCAGGAUGGAUGCAGAAGCUGUCGCAGCAUUGCAGUUAGUUAAAGGGCCUCUGGGUGUGGUUUCCAUAUGUGGACGCGCACGUCAGGGAAAAAGUUUUAUUCUCAAUCAGCUUCUUGGACGGAGCAGUGGUUUCCAAGUGGCUCCUACUCACAGGCCUUGCACAAAAGGGCUGUGGAUGUGGAGCACUCCUUUAAAGCGGACAGCUCUUGAUGGAAGUGAGUAUAGCGUCCUACUGUUGGACAGCGAGGGCAUUGAUGCUUAUGAUCAAACGGGAACAUACAGCACUCAAAUUUUUUCUCUCGCUGUCCUUCUAUCAAGCAUGUUCAUAUACAACCAGAUGGGAGGAAUCGAUGAGGCAGCUCUAGACAGACUUUCUCUUGUCACAGAAAUGACAAAACAUAUCCAUGUCAGAGCUUCUCAAAGACAAACGAGUGCAGCUGAACUGGGACAGUUUUCCCCACUCUUUGUGUGGCUGCUGAGAGAUUUUUAUUUGGACCUAACGGAAUCUGGACGACAGAUAACUCCUCGCGAUUACUUAGAAUCAGCCUUGCAGCCUGUGGGAGGUUCAGGCAAAGCAGUUUCUGAAAGGAAUGAGAUCCGGGAAUCUAUUCGAGCACUAUUCCCAGAUCGUAACUGCUUCACUUUAGUGCGGCCACUCAAUGAUGAGCACGACUUGCAGCGACUUGACCAAAUCCCUAUGGACAGAAUGCGUUCUGAGUUUCGUUCUGGGUUGGAUACGCUAACUAAGUUCGUGUUCGAAAGAACACGCCCGAAGCAGUUAGGUCCCACCAUCAUGAAUGGCCCCAUGUUAGCUGGACUUACACAGUCCUUUCUGGAUGCGCUAAAUGCGGGUGCCGUUCCAUCUAUUGCCACUUCUUGGCAGAACGUGGAGGAAAUCGAAUGCAGACGUGCGCAUGAAAUGGCCGUGGAAAACUGUCUUAGAAUGUUCGAUAAAAGCACAGCUCCUGACGAGAAUGCUUUGCAAGAUGCGCAUGAAGCAGCAUUAGCAAUAUAUAACCACGAAGCUGUAGGUGCCGGAGCCCCUCGGCUGAAGUACGAAAGGCAGUUGAUGGUUAGCCUGAAAAAACAAUUUGAGUCGCUUGCAAACAGAAUGUCGAGCCAUGGAGAUUUGCAUCGCAGUACGAACUCCAACAUGGACUUGGAACCAAGCGCGCCUUACGCGUCUGCGUCCUCUUUCCCAUCACCUGCAGAGUUCCAGAACGGAGAGGAACCUUCAUUAGCUUAUGAGAAACUACAACACAUUUCUCAAGGAGGAGCUUCGUCCUCGGGCAGUUUUUUCCCAAAGUUUCCUUUCUCUGUGUCGGCGUCCUCUAAGGGCAUUGGUAUUGGAUUAGAUGUGGCCUCCAAAGUUUUCCCCCCAGCUCUUCCUAAGUCAUUUCAACCCUUUCUACCUCCUGAAGUUACAGCAGUACUUGAGAAGCGUCCCUCGGGACCUUAUCUCUCUCAGAACAAGAUUGCGUAUCAGAUUCAUGGAACUGGAGCAGGAUUCUCGCCGACCUCGGCCUUGCAAGGAAUUCUUCAAAAAUGUGGAAUUGGCACCACCAAUACCACUCAUGACAUUACAUCAAACAAGCAAAAGCACCAUCAGGCCGAUUUGUUGGAUCGUCCAACUUCGUCGAGAAUUGUGGAAAAAAUAAGAAACCUAGAUGACAUGCUGAGGAGUCUUGACCGCUGCUCAGUGAUCAAGAGGUUUGCUGGCGAUGUCCUGAGAGAUCAAGACACGAAAUCGGUAUCAGAUCAGAAUAGGUACAGGCAGCCAAAACCCUCAGAGAUUCUGGAAGCACCAAUUUCAGAGCAGCCAAGGAACGCGACAUCUGGAGUAAACAAAGCCAUCUCAAGACUAGAGUUUAAAGCACAGAUGGAUAAAUUGACUGGAGUUAUAGAGGACCAUUGGUUCUAUGGUGGCAGCAAAAAGACUGGAGCCAAAAAAUCUAAGGAGGCUACUGAUAUAUCAUAUUCAACCAGAAACAACGAUCCUCAUCCACCACAGCAAGAUGUACUGCCAUCAGUAUCUAAUCCUCCAACCUCAGGGCCAAGUACCAGUCUCCUUGAAGAGAUGCUGAGACGUGUUGUUGGUUUAGAGCGCCGCUUGACGAAGAGAGAUAAACAAAAGCAGGCCAAACAGAAGAGGAUUGUUGCUAGAGGAAGAUUGUGUGUACAACGACCUGCUGGGAAGAGAAUAGCUUCCAUCAUGCAAAGGCAAUGCAGUCGAAGUGUUGCCUCCAUCAAUCAACGAUUGGAUAAGCACGAACAUGGAGAAGCCGUAGGCCUUUCUCAUGAAGAAACAAUUAACAACGGGCAUUGUAGAGGGAGCCAUUCGGGAAACUUGGACAGUGAUGUUCAAACGGGAAAGUUGGACCACGCGCCGAGCAUGUCGCCCAGUACGAUGUGCAAUCAGAAUCUUGUAAAACCCGGAGAAACCAAUGAAAGCAGUGUUGUUGAGGAAUGUGUGGAACAUCGAGACAGCGUCUCAAGAAGCAUGCAGCAGAUGCAGGAUGAGCUUUCUACCUUGCGUAAAGAAAGCCAGUUUAUGACUCAAUCACUCGAACAACUGCAGCAACUGUUCAGUGAGCAAAACAUGGAGAUCGAGCUGUGUUGGGCAGCAAUAAACCACCUGUGCAUGGACAACGACACCUUUCGGGAUGAUUUGCGAGCCUAUCAUACAAGUUUGCAAGAGCGUUCUGGGGUCUCAGAGCUCAUCAAAGCAGCAGCUGCAACCGACAUGCAAGCUAUCGGGGCAGUACAAGGACACAGCACUCCAGAUGGAACUAAAUAGCUCAAAACCAUCUCCAGUACCCUGUUGACAGGAUGAUACAGAAGGAUGUUCUUCUUCAGCGAUCUAGUGUAUCAAUACACAAGCUUUUCUGGAGCUUACUUCCAUGGAGAUCACGUACCAAAGAUGAUCCGAAUGUGAACUGAAGUUCGUGACUCAAGGAUGAUGAGCAAUCCAACUUCAGAACUAAUUUUGCUCUGUACUGUCUGGUCACAUCAGUCAGAGUGACCACUCCGAGACAAUAUUCUUAAGUGUGCGUUUAAAGCAGGAGUACAAAAGUUUCUGCAGGGAUCUCGCAUUUGGAGUUUUAUUACAAACAAAUGCAGUAGCGGAAGGAAUUAAGUGCAGGACUCUCAUUCAACAAUAAAAGUCUGUUAUAUCGAGCUGCUUCAUGCACUACUUGUCUUUUCCUUCUAAGAUGACUCAAUUUUGCCAGCACUCAGUAUGUCGGACUUCCAUCGCCCUUCAAAAGAUUGUUCAAACAUAUUCAGUUUUGGU